UUCAGUAGUGUAUAAGAUAUAUUUCAGUAGUGUAAUGAUAUAAGAGUAUCGAAUAAGUUUGUUUUCCAACUAUGAGGAAUUUUACUCUGGUUUUAUAUAUAUUUAUAAGUAUUUUAUUUAGGGAAAGUUCAAGUUUUAUGGAUUACAUUUGGCCAAAGUCGGAAUCCACAUCAUAUGAGGACACUGACAUAAAAUUGAGAAAUAUUCCAUUUGAACUUAAUGAAAAUGAUGAAAAGUUUUUGCAGCACGCUAAUGAAAUAAUGGGAUUAAAAACAUCUGAUUUAGAUAAAUGUUAUAAUAGGGUCAUAUUUAUUUUAAAAAAAUCUUGCCAUGAUUUAAAUAGUGAAGAGUUAGGAAAACUGGCUGUAUUGCUGUUAAAUUGCCAAUCAGCUAUCGAAGGAAGAGAAUUAUAUCCCUGCACCGAGAAUAUGUCACUAAAGGAUUGCACUUCUGAUAUGAAUCCAGAUACUUGGAAUGCCUACCAUCUGAUCACAAAUCGUGCUAAAGCUGUUUGUUAUCGUAUUCGACAAGAACAGUUUCAAGGACUAACAGAAAUUACAGUUAAUAAACUUAUGAACACAGUCGCCUAG